GAGAGAGAGAGAGAGAGAGAGAGAGAGAGAGAGAGAGACGGAGGGGGGGGUGCGGUUUGCAAAGCGCGCAAGGACACCCACAGUCCGCGCUCCUCCAUAACAAGCGAGCCGCUCCUCCUCGCGCAUCCACCGUCGGCUCUGGACAAUACGCGGUUCGCGGAGGGGAUGCUUUGCGCGGCCUCUGGGACGCGCAGAUCUUGAAGGAGGAGGAGGAGGAGGAGGAGGAGGGGAAAAGGGAAAAGGAGAGCGAGAUCAAUCCAGCCAAGCAGGCGCUGCUCUCUGUCUCCCCCCCUCCCUCUCCCUCUCUCCUUGCACCUUGCAAGGUCUCCAGGCUGUAGGACCGGAGCGCGCCAGCAGCGGCACCGAAAAUGGAGAUCAUCGACACGGGUAUAAUCCAGCAGGAAAGACUCCAGGCUAUAGCGGAGAAGAGGAAGCGCCAAGCGGAGAUUGAAAACAAGAGGCGGCAGCUGGAAGACGACAGGCGUCAGUUGCAACAUCUAAAGUCAAAGACCCUGAGGGAAAGAUGGUUGCUGGAAGGAGCCCCUUCGUCCACCGCCGAGGAAGGCGACGCCUUGAAAAAGCAAAUGCAGGACGACGAUUUGAAGGCCAAGGAACUCGAGGAAAGCAUCCAGAGGUUGGAGAAGGAGCUGGAGCAACUUGAGAACGGGAUCUCGGCGUCGUCCACCAAAGAGAACAUGGCUGAGGAGACGCGGGGGGUGGGCAAGGAGGAGAAGGCACCCCGAACACCGAAGACUCCUCUAGGCUCGGCCAAAGUGGAGAACAGAGCCACCAACAGCCCUGUAAAAGUGAUGGAAGGCGAUGGGAUGAUGAAGGCAGCUAUGUACUCCGUGGAGAUUACGGUGGAGAAGGACAAACUCACGGGCGAGACCAAGGUCCUGUCCAGCACUACCAGGCUGCCCAAGGACCGCUCGGUUCAGGGAGUCAAGGUUUACGAGGACGAGAUGAAAGUGGUGCACGCGGUCCGCGGCGAAGACGGGACGCUGGAGAACGGCCUGCAGCAGCUCAGCUCCUCCGAGGUGGACGAGCUCAUCCACAAAGCCGACGAAGUGAACCUGAGCGAAGCCAAGGAGCCCCGCAGCAACCCGCCGAGCCAGAAGCCCACCCCGAGGAAGGAGAUCACCGGCGUGCAGGCGAAGCCCGUGGAGAGCCCCAAGCUGAUGCCGGCCGGCCAAGGCCCCGAGCCCAGCAAGGAGCAGCCCGUCACCAUGAUCUUCAUGGGCUACCAGAACGUGGAGGACGAGGACGAGACCAAGAAGGUGCUGGGUCUCGAAGGAACCAUCCGGGCGGAGCUGGUGGUGAUCGAGGACGCCGAGAACAAGGCGGGGGAUUGCAGGGGGAAGGAGCACGCCCCGCCAAACGGCAGCGCGACGGCCGCCACCCCACAGAAGGAAGAGAACCAAGCCGGGGAGCCGCCCGCAGCCAACAGCACCGACCCCAAAGAGGCAGAGCGGGAACUCGACGCCAAGAAACAGCGCUGCAAAUGCUGUUCGGUGAUGUAAGGCCCUCGACUCUACAGCCGAUCAGGACUGCCUUCUCUUCCCUCCCCCCCCAUAAUUCCCACCUUGACUCCGCCUCUUCCACAAACUCCUAGGUUUAAUGUGGUUGGUUUUUUUGUUUUUUAAUUUUUAAUUAACAAGACAUGCAGUUCCCGCCGCUCCCAGAGGUUUCGUUUAGUUUUGUUCCUUUUUAAGUGACUGGGGAAAUAUAAUAAUGCAAGAGUUGGUGGCGGCUACGGGGGGGGGGGCCGGUGUGCGACACCCAGCAAUGGCCCUGCUAAGUCCCCGUUCCAUCUCUUGUUUGCUUUUUCGUAAACGGAACAGAUGCAAAAUUUAUUUAUUAGACGGU